AUGCGCCUCAAGCCGACUGGAACGAUCUCAGCUGUUCCACACUUCACCCUUCGACUAUCUGGCGAUCUUGACGCAAUGGCUCGUGUUUCCUUCGGUGUGGGAGUUGCACUCAGCCCCAAGACUGAAAGCGUCUUACUGAACAGGGUCUCACUACACAAUUGUCUUUGCGCUGUGUGGUUGUCUGGCUCAGUUGGGAUCAAUGCAGGUCGAUACGGUAAAUGGUAUUUAUUUGUCCUAUCAGCAUGUGCCCCAAAAGAUAGCAGUUCUGAGACUGAAAAGGACGAGUUUUAUCAAGAUCUGUCACGACUGCUUUGUUGGGAAAGCAGGACGGACACUAAUCCUGGUCGGUGGACUGACCGUGUUGCUCGCCCUGCAUCACACUCAGCUGCAGCCUCUGCACGUCCGAGUUUAGUUACAACCCUAAACACUUCGAAGUCUGUUUUCAAACCCCGAAAGCCUGUCUAUUCAGCCACCUUCAAUGUGCACACACUGAAUCAAGCAGAUCAACAGGUGGCUUUUACGCAAACAAGGACGCGGGACGCAAGUACUGUGAUCGAACUGACUGUCUUCUCGCUCUCCUCCGGCUGCGCACCUCUGGUGAUGCAGAGGACGCAAGUACUUCGAACUGACUGUCUUCUCGCUCUCCUCCGGCUGCGCACCUCUGGUGAUGCAGAGGCCGCUGCAGCUGGCUCUGAAUCUGCCAAGGACAGUUUCUAUGACGCUCUAGGUGCCCUUCUACAGCAGGCUAAAAGCAAAGCUCAGAUUGUGGUUACUGGUGAUAUGAACACCCAGAUGUGUGCCGAUCACAGGCUGUUCCUGUGCAGUACGAAUUUCCGGAACAGCGGAAGUAGCUUGACAACGUGGUGCCCACCAUCAAACCAGCGCCGAAUCCAAACAGACCACAUCGCCGUCAGUUAUCGGUGGCGGAGGGUCGAUACCGACUGCCGCUCCUUCUGGAAUACCAGCGUGGACUCCGACCACGCACUUGUACGCUGCUGCUUUUCAUUGCGCUUUUCAGGUGUACACAAAACGCGUACACCUCGCUUAGCCAUUGAGAAGCUAGUGGACCCAGAAGUCAAGCGAAACUAUCAGAACCAGCUCCUCGAAUGCCUGCCGGACGAAAUGCCGUAUGCUAACCAGCCAAUCGUCACGUUGACAAGUUAUAACAAUGAGAAUUGCAAGUUCAUUAUUGAAGAAACAGACUUGAGCGUAGCCAAUGCGAUUCGUCGCGUGUGUAUUGCGGAGGUUCCUACACUGGCAAUCGAUUGGGUGCAAAUAGAAGAAAAUAACACAAUGCUAAACGAUGAAUUUAUUGCCCAGCGCGUCGGUCUCAUCCCCUUGACUUCCGAUAGCGUGGUGGAUAAAAUGGCCUACUUUCGCGAAUGCCCUUGUCGCGAGUUUUGUGAACAAUGCUCCGUUGAGCUCACGCUAGAUGUUUGCUGUACUACAGAUGCUCCCCGUCAUGUCACCGGUGCCGAUCUGUUGAGCAGUAAUCGGGACGUCCAACCUGUGCCUUCGAGGGAUCCAGACGAUGCAGCGUAUGUGGGCCAGGAAUCCAUUUUAAUCGUCAAAAUGCGCAAAGGUCAGCGUCUUAAGCUGCGUGCGAUUGCCAAGAAGGGGUUUGGCAAGGAACAUGCUAAAUGGAAUCCGACAGCUGGCGUUGGUUUUGAAUAUGAUCCAGACAACGCUUUACGACACACUUUCCUGCAGAAACCGGAAGAAUGGCCUCGGUCCGAAUACAGCACCCUGCCGGAAGAUGAGCAUCAAGCUCCGUAUGAUCCACAUGGCAAACCUAAUCGCUUUUUCUUCAAUGUGGAAUCCUGUGGUUCGCUACAGCCGAAAAAUAUUGUGUUCUCCGGUCUGGAUGUGCUGAAAAAGAAACUUCAGAACUUACUGGAUAAUUUGACACAGGAAUCAUUUUGAUGCAUUCGUUUAUGUACGUUUGUGUACGCUUUUAUGUACGGAAACAAUAAAUCCGAUCAAGCGCACCGCCAUU